CAGUAGCGUUGUAAGCUCCGAGGACACACAUUCGCAGUAGCUUACGAAGUCUUGGGCUCAGAGGGGCAACAGCGAACCCUCUGAGUGUGAAGCUAAUGCCCUGACCCUCCGCGCUGUAGUGGGGGCAUAAGAAGUGAUAAAGUGAAAGAAUAAGGGCAGAGAAACAGUGGAGUGAAACGUCUAUUGCAAAAGAUAAUAGACAAGUAAAUGAGUAGUGAGAGACAAUUGAAGCGUUAGUGAAUGAACGAAACCAAAGAAAGAAAUAAGAGAUACCAAUACGUCAACAAGUGAAAGCAGAAAAAAAUUGAGAAAGAAAAGUAAGACACGAUUACUAAAACAGUGACCAAGUGAAGAAUAACGAAAACAUUGCGAACAGUAACGAGUGAAAAUUGACGAGAAGAGAAAAUAAACGAAUCACAAUAAAAAGAAAACAAGCAACACACACACACACACAAAAAAAAAAAAGAGAACAGCUACGUAUGAGAGGAACCGUAACAUGUGAAAAGUGACGAGAGGAAAAACAAUACGAAAGAAAACGAAUAAAGAGAAAAAAAGAUAAACUGAACUAGAGAGAAAGAAAACGAAUAACAUACAAAAAGAAAACAAGCAAUAAGGAGAGAGAAAAAUAAUGAAAAAGUACAUAUGAUAAUAAAUAGUAGUAAGAAAAGUAGUAGUAGGACAGACAUCGACACUACUACUACUGCUACUACUACUACUACUACUACUACUACUACUACUACUACUACCUCUGUUAACUACUACUACUGCCGGAUGGCCUGCUGUGCUCUGGGUUGCCCCGCGGUGUUGAUGGGGCGUUUCUACUCCUUGUACAACUCCUCCUCCUCCUCCUCUUCCUCCUCAUCCUCCCCCUCCUUCUACUCCUUCUUCUCCCCGGGCCGGUUCAUCUCCGGGGGCUGCGGGAUGUGGUUCAACAGAGGCAUCUACCACGUCAACCCCAAGGGCGGGGCGGUGGGCCAGAUGACCGCCGGGGCGAGUUUUGGGGAGUCUGUGAUCACGGACUCCCCGCGCCGCUCCACCGUUGUCACGCGGGAGAACUGCGAGCUGCUGAGGGUGGAGCAAAGGGACUUCAGGCACAUCUGGAAGAGAAACAAGGAGUUUAUGCAAGACGUGCUCUACAACGCCAAUAGGAAGGAACCCACCGGCACCAUGAUGGAGGAGGGCCGCGCGCUGUGGCGGCGGGUGGGGUCGCGGCGGCGGAGGUCCGGCGCGGCGCGGGAGCUGCCCAAGGAGCCGCUGGGCCCCGCCAGGGAGCAGCACCGCCGCGCCUCGGCCGCCUCCCCCACCAGGGCUGCCUCCUCUUCCCCCGUCAGGACGCCCGCCGGCACCCACCAGCAGCGGAGCAGCUCCAUCUCGGUGCCCCGCGCCGCCAGCACGCUGCCCAAGGGCUUCAGCAUGGCUGCGCGGGCCACGCCCCCCAGGGACACCUCGUCGCCGCAGCCCCGCGCGCCAGACCCCACCUUCGGGUCGCCCUCCCACGAAAGGAAUAAGUCAGAGUCACCCUCACGGGACUCCUCCUCGCGUAACUCCACCCCCCGGGGCACCCCCACCAAGUCCUCCCCCGUCCCCGGCACGCCCACACGCGAGGUGGCGCGCCGCCCCAGCCUCACGCGCGCCGCCAGCUUCGACAGCCCCUCCGUCAGCCCCCGCCGGUCCAGCCUGCGCAGCGCCGUCCUCCGCCUGCGGUGCGAGUCUCAAGACACGGCGGAGGAGGACGACGAGGAGGAGGAGGAGAGCACGCCCGCGGUGACCUUCAGAGGCCUUGACCGUGAGGACGAGGACGAGGAGGACGAGGAAGAGGACGAGGAGGAUGACGAUGAGGAGGACGAGGAGGAGAUGAGUGAGGGCAAAGGGUCCAGCAGGGUGGUGAACGGCGAGGGCGGCGUCAAGGGGCGGGCCAAGGGGCGGCGGCGGGGCAAGGGGCGACGCAGCAGGACGCAGGUGGAGCCGCAGCGAUCCCAGGACCUCGACUCCCCCAGCAACUCCGCCGUGCCCAUCGUGGAGGCCCCCAGCGAGCGGAUCUGUGAGGCCGCGUGGGUGCUGCGGACGCUCAUCCUCGCCCGCGCCCCUCACAUGCUGCGGGACCGGCGGCACCAUGGCAUCGUGCAGCCGCGGUGUGGCGUGGGCACGGAGCUGAGCGAGUGGCUGCUCACGCUCUCCUCCACCGUGCACUCCCGCUACCAGGCCGCGAGCAUGUGGCAGGCGCUGCUGGAGGAGGGCGCGAUAUACCAUGUCACAGGGGAGCAGCCGUUCAGGGACAAGUACCUCUUCUAUCGGUUUCUGGAGGACGCGGCCGCGGUUCCAGGCAUGCCCCCGCCCAGCCCAUCACAGGCGGACCGGCGGGAAGCAGAGGAGCGGGUCACGCCUAUCCUCGCCUUCCUGCAGCAGCGAGCACCCGACGCCAUGCUCAGGAUGAUACUCAGGAAACAGAGUCACGAGCGCACGAUAGAGGACCAGGAGUUGAUAUACGAGGAGCUGCUGCACCUGAAGGCCCUCUCGCACCUGUCCAACUCCGUGAAGAGAGAACUCGCCUCCAUCAUCAAGUUCGAGUCCCAUUCACGCGAAGGAACUGUGUUGUUCCAGCAAGGCUCUGAGGGCAAGUCGUGGUACAUCAUCCUGCGCGGCUCCGUCAACGUCUCCAUCCACGGCAAGGGCGUCGUCAACACUCUGAACGAAGGAGAUGACUUCGGGAAGCUGGCCCUGGUGAACGAUGCCCCCAGGGCCGCCACCAUCAUUCUGCACGAAGACGACUGCCACUUCCUGCGCGUGGACAAGGGCGACUUCAACAGGAUCAUGCGGGACGUGGAGGCCAACACGGUGCGGCUGAAGGAGCACGGACAGGACGUUCUUGUGCUGGAAAAGAUAUCCUCCAACGCCCACUCGCACUCCCACUACAAGUACACGGUGAUGUCAGGUACGCCACAGAAGAUGCUUGAGCACCUGCUGGAGACGCGGCUGGACGGGCGGCGCGGCAGCUCAGGUGUGGAGGUGCCGGAGCUCCCCCUGCGUCGCUGCGAGCUCACCACCACCGACCUCUUCCUCGACGACUUCCUCCUCACCCAUAUCGUGUUCAUGCCCUACCCGCACCUCACCAAAGAGCUCCUCAGACAUUACCGGAUCGACAGUCAGAGCAACAGCCAAGACCAGGAGUUCAUCGUGGCGUGCAAGCGGCGAGUCAUCCACUUCGUCCACCGCUGGGUCAUGACGAUCAAGAACCCGGUUUUCGUCAGCACCUCGGCCUCACAGUUCUUGCAGACCCUGCAGGAGGAGGUGGCCAAGGACGUUGAGGUGUACGGCGUCGCUCUGCGGGACGAGGCCACGCUGAUGCUGAGCGUGGCGGAGGCGCUGGAGAGGUUCGAACGGGACUGCUCCACGGCGGGCGUCAGCAAGUGGAAGCUCCCCACCAGCGGGCGCCCCAUCAGCCUGUUCGGCGUGAACUCGACGGAGGAGCCCCUGGAGCCGCACCGAGCCAUACGAGCCCAGGAUGACAGUAAGAGCCACGGCAUGUCCGAGGUUACCCAGCCCCCACACCCCUCAAUGUGCCGCUCCGUCAUUUUCCGCGUGUACUGCGCCGACCACACCUACUGCACGCUCAGGUUCCCGCUCAACACGUCCAGUGAGGUGAUCAAGAGGUCGGCAGCGGACAAGCUCGGCCUUCGUCAGGACAACCUCUUGCUGGUGGAGCUGAAGAGUACAGGUGAGGUCGUGCCGUUCAGGGAGAAGGAGAUCUGUCCGCCCACGGGUCUCAGCCUCAACGGGCGGCUCUUCGUGUCCAACAAAGACCAUCUCGACGCCCUCAUGCCUCUCGCCGAGCAGGAAGGCCCCUCGGAGGGCACCCUUAACCAGCUGGAGAUGUACAGCACGCGAGAGUUGGCCUUCCACAUCACGAGCCACGACUGGGACCUCUUCAGCGCCAUCCACGAGUACGAGUUCCUCUAUCAAGUCUUCGGGCGGGACCACUUCGGCGAGGUGAUGUGUAACCUGGACGUGUUCCUGCGGCGCUUCAACGAGAUCCAGUUCUGGGUGGUGACGGAAAUCUGCCUCGCCAACGCCCUGUCCAAGCGAUCUCAGCUGCUCAGGAAAUUCAUCAAGCUGGCGGCCUACUGCAAGGAACAACAGAACCUCAACGCCUUCUUCGCCAUCGUGAUCGGCCUGAGCAACGUGGCCAUCUCCCGCCUCACGCAGACCUGGGAGCGCCUAUCCUCAAGGUUCCGGAAGAUGUACACGGAGUUUGAGGUGCUGAUCGACCCGUCCAAGAACCACCGCGCCUACAGGAUGUACGUCGCCAAGCUGCACGCCCCCAUCCUGCCCUUCACGCCCCUGCUCAUGAAAGACAUGACCUUCACACACGAGGGGAACAGCACCCUCAUGGACGGCCUAGUGAACUUCGAGAAGAUGCACAUGCUGGCUGACACCCUGAGGACCAUCCGAUACUGCCGCUCCAGACCCCUCGCUCUCGAGGCACCACCUGUACCCAGGAACGAGAACGAGAUCCGCAUCUACGUGAGGAACCUGCAGGUCAUCGACAACCAGCGGCGUCUCCUUGCCCUCUCGCAGCGACACGAACCCAAGCGUCCAUGAGUAGAGCGGCGUAGGACGCAACCCUCCCUCAGCUGAGACUAAGGGAGGGCUGGAAAGCGUCCUGCGUCACCAGAUAAACACUAACGCGCAAACACUCCGUCGGGCUCACACACACAGCAAAGGUGGAGCGUAAAAGACCGUGAAAAGGCUGUGAGUGAGACUUUGAGAAUUGUGAAAGGAAAGAAGCUUCAAUUUAGUCAUUCACUCACUCAUUCAUCACAGAGGCAAUGUGUAUGUAACCGUAAGAAGGCUGUGAGUGAGUCUUUGAGAAUAGUGAAGUGAAAAAAAAAAAAACACGUUGGUCAUACAGUCUUAUACACUCAUUCACCCGCAUUCUUAUAUAGCAAAGGCAAUGAGGACAUGAUCGUGAAAAGUCUGCGAGUGAGUUGAUUCAGGUGUUUUGAGAUGAGUAAAGGGAAAGAAGCUCCACGUUAGUCAUUCACUCACAUUCAUACACAAAGGCAACGAGUAAAAGACCGUGAGGAGGCUGUGAGUUAGAUUUGGUUCACGCGUCCUUGUGAAGAGUGAAUUUAAAGGAGCUGCACGUUAAUCAUACUCUCAUUCAUACAUAGCAAGGGUGAAAUAAGUAUGAAAUCGUGGCAAGCCUAGAAAAGUGUGCCUAGUUACUUGUGCUAUUGAGAAAAGUGGAGGUAAAGAA